AUGACCUUCCUCACCACCGCCAUCAACCUCCUGGGCCUCCUCGCCCUCACAGCCCCGUUGAAAGUCCACGCCAAAACCGACAUCGGAACUCCCCUGCACCUCCUCCUCCUCCACCACCUACGCGAGAUUUGUGAAUUCAUUGACUGCGGCGGCGGACGCGCGCCCCCCAAGACCACCGUUCAGGGGUGUCCGCUUCACUCAGGGACUGAGCCCGUGCCGACGCAUUAUCUGCCUGGUUGGGGGCCGGGUGGGCGGUUGGUGGCGACGAUGACGACGACGACUGGCUCGGGUGCUGAGGCGGAGGCCACGCAGAGUGGGAGUACCGAUGUCACUGCCAGUGCCGGUGCUACUGGUAGUGGUUUCUCUGAAGUGCCUGCUGCCAGUUUCUCAGGCUCGUGGUACGGGAGGAAGCGAGAGCCUGGGCGAGGGAUCUGGCUCGAUCUCGGGCGUCAGCGUGUCGGGAAUGGCUUCUCCUGCUUCUACUUUACGUCUGCUUCUGCAAUUUCUGGGGCUGGUGGUGGUGCCACAGGUUCGUCCGGUGCUGCCGUUGGGAUGCGGGGGAGUGCGGGGAUGACGGCUGUGGUGGUGUCUGGUGCCGUUGUUUUGAUGGGGAGUGUGAUACUGUGA